AUGGUAUUGAGACAGAUUCAAGGCCAUUGGAAAACUAGAGAUGUGAAGCUUAGACCUUACCAUACAUUCUUAGAGCUACUAGUUGGGAUAUUUGAUGAUUUGAGUUAUACACAUCUGCCUAGAGCACAGAACCAGUUUGCUAAUGUCUUAGCUAUUCUAGCUUUCAUGAUUGAUAUUUCUAUUGAUACCAUUGUUCAUCAUUUACUGAUUGAGUCGAGAUCAGUUCCUGCUUAUUGUUGCUUGAUUGAUGAGACAGAGUUGGAUAAUGGUUUGCCUUGGUACCAUGACAUAUAUCAGUUUCUGAGACUUGACAUAUAUCCUGAGGUCAUCACAGCUAAGGAUAAGAGAGCAUUGAGACAAUUAGCCACCCGGUUUGUGAUAUGUGGAGCGACACUGUACAGAUGA